CCUCGACGUGUCGAAUUGGUAUGUUAACGGAAGUCGUGAAGUCGAGAACAGCGCAAAGUGAUUGGAUUAUCUUCGAAACUACACGAUUACACCACUGCCGAUAAAUCUACAUUUUGAAACCGCUCAGCGUUUCGUUAAGUUCCAAUUGGAGCAAGAACCUUUCCGCAAGCAAAAUGCGUAUCAUCUUUACACUCCUCGUUAUAACGAGCAGCUUCAUCGCGAACAUAUCUGCCUUCCACCUAAAAACCAUAUUACCGGAUCUACACACAUGUCCAAGAUCAGAACUCCAAAGAUGCUUACCGCAAAGCCUGGAAUCGAUGAAGCCUUACUUAGCGCAAGGUGUUCCGCUUUUGAGCAUACCCGCUUUCGAGCCAUAUUAUAUACAAUUGAACAAAAUGAUUUUUACAAAUGAUUUUAUCCCUAUGAUAAAGUUUAGAGAUACAUUCAUCAGCGGUAUAUCAAAGUUCAGGAUAAGUAAAGUCAGAGUUACCGACAGGAAUGAUUUCAUUCAGUUUCUCGCACACUUUUCACUCGUCAGAGUGUCCACUACGUUCAAUGCAUUCAGCUCGUUCGUGCGUAUGCUUACUAAAAGUAGCACAUACGAAUUAAAUAGUAUUCUUGCGGACGUCGUUGCCGAAAUUACUAUAAGAGGCUCGAAUUUCGGAAUCGAAAUAGAGAGUGAACAAUACUUUUAUGUGCACAACGUCACCGUGCGAAUUAGAAAGAUUAGAGAUGUGAAGACUGAGAAACAAGAAAAAGGUAAUCCCAAAUAUUUAAUGCAGUUAACAAAUGAUUAUCUUGAAGUAGAGUGGGACACACUGACUUCCGAAUUAAUCCAUAACAUCCAAAACAUCGCAGCUGAAAUUAUCCAGACUAUUUCGAAUAAGAUUUACACCAGUUUCCCAAUUCAUACAUUAAUGACUCGCUAAAAUAUUUUAUUGUUUUGUUUUUAUCGUCGUGACUAUAAGACUAAUUAUUUUAUAAUGAAUGUUACUCGCUAGCACAAUCAGUUGCGCAUCACUUAUUUUGUUACGAAAAUUCGUAUACGCUGCUUUGACAAAUAGCUUUUUCUUCCGAUCAAGAUCAAAUGCAAACGAGUGCUCGCGGGUUUGCGAUUGUAACAGAAUUCGCAUGAUAGUACACGGUACACAUAGUGUCUCUUUAUUAUACUUUCAUCCGAUCGAUAAAAGUAUGAUAAAAAUACCUACGUUUUUCACAUUUUCUCGUCAUAUUUGCAACGUUAGAUAUCUCGUAUACUAUCACUUCGACUUUCAUCAUAACCGAUCAAACUCGCAAAUUAUUACUCGCAAGCAUCAUCAUUUUGCACUACCAACCUUAUCGGAAAUAACAUA